UCCCCGCUUUUCAAGUGAAAUAAUAAGAAACUUUUGACAUUUAACUAUGAAUUUGUAAUGUUAAUACACCAAUGUGAUGAAAUUUUCUGUCAAGUUUGCUCAAUGCGUGCACACGCAUUAAAAAUUAUUUUUACACACACGCGAUCAGCAAUCGUCACCAAAGGUGGAAGUGUCAAAACGUGUUGUUUGUUGUUGUUCGUCUUCCUUUAACAACAACGGGAGUGUUCGGUGUUAUGACAGCUGCAAGGAAAGCUGUAACCGGUUGUUACCGAAGGUGUAGUAUGGAAAAUUAAAAGAACGCGUGCCAUAAGUUAAUUUAAAUUACCACAAAAUGUGGUACUCCCGGCUGUUUCGAGUCCCAUCCUCCGGUGGUCUAAAACGAAUGGCAUCUAGCGAUGCGGCGUCCCAGAACGUUUGCUUAAACCUUGUGAGGAACCACGAUAAGGAAAAUUUUCUCUGCACGUUGCUGCUGAAGAAUCCACAGCGUCGCGGAGCGUUUGCUGUGCGCGGAUUCAACGUGGAGGUAGCGAAGGUUAGCGAGAAAGUGUCGGCCGGCAAUGUAGGCGUGCUGCCGCUUAAGUUUUGGGAAAACACGAUCACUAGUCUAUACCGCAAUGAUGGUACGAACGUACCGGAACAUCCCGUCAUACACGAGCUUCAGCGGGCAAUUAGCGAACAUAAGCUAUCGAAAAUGUACCUGCAGCGGUUGGUUAGCGCACGGGCUAAUGCGAAUCUGAACUUUCUCACGGUGAAACAGCUGGAGGAUUAUGCCGAACAUUCGGUUUCGAGCGUGUUCUAUCUGCUGCUGGAAGUGCACGGCACACGGAACGUGCACUGUGAUCAUGCUGCAUCCCAUCUCGGCAAAGCGCAAGGUAUCGUGAAUCUGUUGCGGUCGAUCCCGUACCAGACGCGCCGCAAUGCGGUACCGAUCCCGCAGGAGGUACUGAUGACGCACGGUGUCAAUCAGGAGCGGAUGGUACGCAACAGGCCGGAUGAUAAGGGUGUGGAGGAAGUGACGUUCAGCUUGGCCAGCGUAGCCUUUCGCCAUCUGGAGACGGCAAAGGGUUUGCUCAAAACCGUACCACGCACCAACAAACCAAUAUUCCUACCGGUUGUCACUAUCGAGCGUUACCUGCAGCGGUUGCGACUUGCCAACUUUCACCUUACCGAUCCAAACGUUAUGCGCACGGAUUCGCUACUACCUUUAGUGCUUUACUGGAGCAAAUUACGUGCAAAUUAUUAAGGAAAAACUUUAACUGCCAGCUGUAGAAGCGUAGUGAUGUAUAAUAAAUCAAAA